AUGUCACAAAAGCUUGAUAUACUGAUCAUUGGUGCGGGUCUAUCGGGCCUCUCUGCAGCGAUACAAUGCGCGCUAUCAGGUCACCCAGUCACGGUGUUGGAGGCCGCCAAAGAACUUGCUGAUAUUGGCGCUGGCCUUCAAUUGACGCCUAAUUCUACACGUCUUCUCCAGCGAUGGAAUGUCUUCGACACUAUCCGGGACCGGGUCUGCGAACCUACAACAAUGACCAUAAUCAACUAUCGCGGCAAGGUCCUUGCGCGCGAAGAGAACUUUGCCGCCAAUAUCCGCCGCAAGUAUGGCGCACCGUUUGCUGACUGCCAUCGCGUGGACUUGCAGCAAGCGUUGGCGAAGCGAGCCAAAGAGCUCGGCGUGACUCUUGUGUUGAACGCGCGAGUCACUAACAUAGACUUGGGUUCUUCAUCAGGUGAUCGAGCGCGGGUGAAAACGUCCGAGGGACAGAAGUUUGAGGCUGAUUUGAUAGUUGGCGCCGAUGGAUUAUGGUCCUCAUGCCGAUCGACCAUGCUUGGACGAAACGACCCUCCGCUACCCACAGGCGAUCUUGCCUAUCGCAUAGUCCUUAGACUCGAUCAAAUCGGCGAUCAGAAGUUGCGGGAUAUGGUUCAAAAUCCCGGGUGUCGAUUUUGGCCAGGACCUGAUGGGCACGUGGUAGCCUUCAGCAUGCGCGGAGGCAACAUGUACAAUGUCGUCUUGGUCACGCCGGAUGAUCUGGAAGAAGGGGUCGCAAGAGUAGAGGCUAACUUGGACGAGAUGCGGAAGCUCUUUGUGGGGUGGGAUCCGGUCCUAACCCAGCUUCUUGAGUAUGUGGACAAGGUAGACAAAUGGAAACUGAUGCACCGAGAGGAGAUGGAUUCGUGGAUCAAUCCACAAAACAAUCUCGUGCUUAUCGGCGACUCCUGUCACCCGAUGCUACCAUAUCUCGCCCAAGGUGCGAACUCUUCGAUUGAAGAUGGCGCCGUCCUGGGCCUAUUGUUGGCGCCAGAGCACUUCACGGACAAGUCACAGUUACCAGAGACAUUGCAGCUCUUCCAAAGCCUGCGAAAGGCGCGAGGCGAAGGCAUAGCAAAAGAGACGUUCAAGCAGCGGAGAGAUUUCCAUCUUCGGGAUGGACCGGACCAGGAGAAACGCGACGAACUGAUGCUGAGCCAGCUAGGCAAGGAAACAAAAGCCCCAUUCCCAAGUCGCUGGACAUGUCCCGAAGUACAGCCUUGGCUUUACGGUUACGACGCGAUGAAAGAAGUAGAAGCCGCUACGCAGAAAAGCAAGUUGUAA